AUGGUGGCGGCCAUCGUUCUGUCGCUGUUCUUAGGGCUACUGGAAGCUUCGCGGGUGGACGCCAACAUCAACUAUCGCGACUUUGAAAAGGACCAAAUGCGAGCGUACGAUAUGCUGGCCGCCUACUACGUGCAGGAAGCAAACCGUGAGAAGUCGAAGGACAAAAAGCGUGAACUCUUCAUGAAGGCUACCCUCCUCUACACGACCGCCGACAAAAUCAUAAUGUACGAACAAAACCAUCUGCUGGGUCGGGCGUACUUUUGCUUGCUGGAGGGUGACAAAAUGGACCAAGCUGACGCGCAGUUUAACUUCGUGCUCAACCAGUCGCCGUCUAACAUUCCGUCGCUGCUCGGCAAGGCUUGUAUCGCUUUCAACAAGAAAGAUUACCGUGGUGCGCUCGCUUUCUACAAGAAGGCCCUUCGUACCAACCCAAACUGUCCGGCGGCGGUACGUUUGGGUAUGGGCCAUUGCUUUCUGAAGCUGAACAACCAGGAAAAGGCCAAGCUUGCGUUUCAACGCGCACUGGAUCUCGAGCCGCAGUGCGUUGGAGCGCUGGUGGGGCUGGCCAUUUUGAAGCUGAAUCUUCACGAGCCCGACUCGAACCGGAUGGGAGUGCAGAUGCUGUCCAAGGCGUACACCAUUGAUUCGUCGAAUCCGAUGGUGCUGAAUCAUCUGGCGAACCAUUUUUUCUUCAAAAAAGACUACCAGAAGGUGCAGCAUCUGGCGUUGCAUGCGUUCCACAACACGGAGAACGAAGCAAUGCGAGCGGAAAGCUGUUAUCAGUUGGCUCGGGCCUUUCAUGUGCAACACGACUACGAUCAGGCUUUUCAGUACUACUACCAAUCGACGCAAUUUGCGCCGGCCAAUUUCGUACUGCCACAUUUCGGCCUUGGCCAGAUGUACAUCUAUCGGGGCGAUUCUGAAAACGCCGCCCAGUGCUUCGAGAAAGUACUCAAAGCUCAACCAGGCAACUACGAAACGAUGAAGAUUCUUGGCUCGCUGUACGCCACAUCGUCCUCCCAGUCGAAGCGUGAUAUUGCCAAAACUCACCUUAAGAAGGUGACCGAUCAGCUGCCGGAAGAUGUCGAGGCGUGGAUUGAGUUGGCACAAAUUCUCGAGCAAAACGACCCCAAUGGUUCCCUGCAGGCGUACGGUACGGCGACGAGCAUUCUUACCGAGAAGGUAAACGCAGAUAUACCGCCCGAGAUCCUGAACAACGUGGCGGCGCUCAACUAUCGGCUUGGCUCUCUGGACGAGGCCAUGACCAAGCUGGAGCAAGCGAUUGAGUGUGCUAAAGCAGAAGCACAGCACGACGCUCAGUACUACGAUUCGAUCUCCGUUACGAUGACCUACAAUCUGGCCCGGCUCUACGAAGCGAUGGCUGUGUUCGAUAAGGCGGACAAGCUGUACAAAGACAUUCUGAAGGAGCACCCGAACUACAUCGACUGCUAUCUUCGGCUCGGGUGCAUGGCCCGUGACAAGGGUUUGAUUUUUGUGGCAUCCGAUUUCUUCAAGGACGCUUUGAAAAUUAACAUGGAAAAUCCGGACACACGCUCGUUGCUCGGCAAUCUGCAUCUGGCCAAGAUGCAGUGGACGCUCGGUCAGAAGAAUUUCGAAACGAUUCUCAAAAAUCCGGCCACUUCGAGUGAUGCUUAUUCACUGAUCGCCCUCGGUAACUUCUGGCUUCAGAGCCUGCACCAACCGAACCGCGACAAGGAGAAGGAGAAGAAACACCAAGAGAAAGCGCUGGCCAUCUACAAGCAGGUGCUGCGUAACGAUCCGAAGAACAUCUGGGCAGCUAACGGAAUCGGAGCGGUACUGGCCCACCGGGGCUGCAUCAUCGAGGCGCGUGAUAUUUUCGCACAAGUGCGUGAAGCAACGGCCGAUUUCUGCGACGUGUGGAUUAACAUUGCGCACAUCUACGUGGAGCAGAAGCAGUACGUUAGCGCCAUCCAGAUGUACGAGAACUGCCUGAAGAAGUUCUACCGUCAUAACAACGUCGAGGUGAUGCAGUAUUUGGCCCGGGCCUACUUUCGCGGUGGCCGGUUGAAGGAGGCAAAAAUGACACUGCUGAAGGCGCGACGUGUCGCCCCGCAGGACACGGUGCUUCUGUUUAACAUAGCACUGGUGUUGCAGCGACUGGCAACGUUCGUAUUGCGCGACGAAAAGUCGGUGUUGAGUGUUGUCCUGCAGGCGGUCCAUGAGUUGGGAUUGGCACACAAGUACUUCACCUACCUGGCGGUGCAUGGUGACAAGACUCGUUACAAUAUUGCGCUUGCCGAAGGUGAGGCAAACCAGUGCCAGGACCUGCUACAGCAGGCCCAGUACCACGUGUCGCGGGCACGCAAGAUCGACGAAGAGGAGCGAUUGCUGCGACAGAAGCAGGAACUGGAGCGGGAAGAAUUCAAGCGCCGCCAAGCGGACGAGAGGCGCCGAAUGGAGGAGAUGCGCCGGAAGGCACACGAGGAGAUGCUCCUGAAGCGGCAGGAGUACAAGGAGAAGACCAAGGGCGCACUGUUUUUCGCAGAACCACCGCCGGAAGUGAAGAAGAAGCCAGGCGGUGGCCGAGGGCGCAAGGAUUACAUUUCGGACUCGGACGUGAGUGGUGGCGAGGGUGCGAUGGGUGGAAGCGGUGGAGAGGAGCGCAGGCGAAAGGGUGAGAAGGGCGAGAAGAAGGGUCGCAAGUCUACGGGAGGCAAUCGUAAGCGGAAGGAGAAGGCACCGGGGAGUGAUUCGGAGAGCGAUGGAGAGGAUGAUGGCGGUAGAAAGCGCAGAAAGAAGGGCGCCGGAGCGGGGGCGAGCCAAAAGAAGCGGCAAAAGGCGGACGAAGGAUUGUCGCAGAAACAGAAGAGCCGCAUUAUUUCCAAGGCCACCGUCUCGACGAGCGAAUCCGAUAGCGAUCAUAGUCGGUUGAAGAUUGCGAGCGGCGAGGAAUCGGGUGGUGCCGAGUCCGGUGGUGACGGUGGCCAGGGCAAGAAGCGUAAGCGUCGCAUCGCUUCGGAUGACGAGGGUUCCAGUGGAUCGGGCGGCCGCCGUUCACGUUCCAAGUCACGCUCGGGAUCAAGAUCACGGUCAAGAUCGGGUGGCAGUCGUAGCCGGUCGCGAUCGGGAAGUGGUUCUAGAUCGCGCAGCCGGUCGAAGUCUGGCAGCCGUGGACGUAGCGGAAGUCGUCAUAGUGGAAGCCGCAGCCGUAGCGGAAGUCGUCACAGUGGAAGCCGCAGCCGCAGCGGAAGUCGUCAUAGUGGAAGCCGCAGCCGCAGCCGCAGCGGAAGUCGCCAUAGUGGAAGCCGUAGUCGUAGCGGAAGUCGCCCUCGUGGAGGAUCCCGCUCCAGAUCGCGGUCCGGAUCUCGAUCGAGAUCUCGAUCGGGAUCGGGUAGCCGGCAAGCAUCGCCGAUAUCCCGUAAAUCGGUGUCUGGCUCGGAGUCGGAGUGAGUUUCAGGGAGUUGAGUUUGAGCUUAGGGCACCACAUGUGUCCUUUCUAGGUUAGCAUAAGUUACGGAUCGGUUCUUGCUAACGAAUCGAUGAAUGACCUGAAGGAAUUAUUUCGAUUGUUCGAACGGCAUGAGAAAUGGUGGUCUCUUGCCAGGAUUUAAGAAUCGCCGCUUCAAUAGCGUUUGGUUACUUUAUUUUUUUUCUCGUGAAUUUCAUUUUGAAGAUUGAAAUAAAAAGUUUCCUAAA